AUGAAAGACAUUACAGUGAAGCUUGAUAUUAAGCCAGACAGCAAACCAAAGUUUCUGAAAGCACCCUACGUUAUCAGACCAAAGGUGGAGGUGGAUCUCGACGCUCUAGUGAAGGAUGGAGUGCUGGAGCCGGUCAGUGUGAGUGAAUGGGUGACGCCCAUCGUACCUGUCCUCAAGAAGGAUGGGUCAAUCAGAAUAUGUGGAGAUUUUAAAGUGACUCUUAACCCUGUGUUGUCAGUCGAGCAGUAUCCGCUACCGCACAUUGAUGAUCUGUUUGCAGGCCUAGCUGGGGGUCAAAAGUUCAGUAAAAUCGACCUCUGCCAAGCCUACCUGCAAAUGCAUGUGGAUGGAAAAUCAAGGGAACUGCUGACUGUUACGACACACAAGGGGUUGUUCAGGUACUGUCGUCUUCCUUUUGGAAUCACAUCAGCACCAGCGUUGUUCCAGAGGGCAAUGGAUCAAAUCUUGAGUCGAUUGCCAGGAGUUCAAUGCUACCUGGAUGAUAUCCUGGUUACUGGGAAGGACGAAGAGGACCAUCUCCGGAACCUGGAUGCAACUUUACAAAAGCUGCAGGACUAUGGACUCCGAGUUCGAAAAGACAAAUGCAAGUUUUUCCAGUCAUCGGUGGAAUAUCUCGGACAUGUGAUCGACGCCACAGGUCUCCACAAGGCUCCCUCCAAGACCAAGGCUAUCUUGGACGCCCCAGCGCCUCAGAACGUCAGCCAGCUGCGUUCCUUCCUGGGGUUACUGAACUAUUACGGAUAUAACAGUUAUCUCCCUGUGUCAUGUCUUUUGAAACCUCAUGAUUGA